AUGGUAUUUGUCAAUUGUGCGAGAUAUCGAUGGUUGUUUCCAUCACCACUUGUGAUGGAGAGGAUAGACCUCAAACCGGAUGGAUUUGCGACCCACCGUGGAAUGUUUCGUGUCAAGCCAACACCGAAAGAUGGAUUGCAGCGCCCGAAUGGCUUUCGAUUUGGAGUAGCAGAGGAAAAACUAUUCGACUGCAUCAUUUUCCCUGGAUUUAAGACUGGAAGCGCUGUUUUCUUUGAUCGGCGCUCGUUUUAG